AAAUCACUGGGCUUCACAGCAGACGCCCGAUAACUGUCCUGCCUGCAAACGUUGGAAGCAGAAGGAACCGAUACGUGUUUUUUCUCAAGCGCUUACGAAAGCUCUAAAUGUCACUCGGUACAUCCAAGGAGCGAACGGCAUAUCUGGCACUCCUUGGCGAGGUUUUGCAGCGGCCUGGUCAUCACUACAUUUAUCACAUAUCUCAAUGCAGAAAUAACAGAUACAAAAUGUUUUAUUCCUUUUCAAGCAUGAGAUGGAGUACAGAAAUGAAAAAAGAUUGCCGAUACAGCCAUAUAUAGGCGCUGGGUUCACGGCACGAGCUUUUUACUACAACAAAGAUAACCGGGGCAAAUCAAAUAUCAGUAUUUAUUAUAAGUCUGGCUUGCUGUCGUGGUACAUAGAAAUGAAGUACGAAAACAGUAAAGUGUCUGCUAUAUAUAGAACGGGACGUGCCUCCGAUCGUCGUACUAUAUCUUCUGACGCCGAAGUAGCAAAGGACUCCUUCUACUCAUUCGCCGUUCGUUGCCUGGGCGACACACAUUUGGAGGGUUACGUAAACAAGACCUGGGUACAUAAAGGAUCUGUCUCCAAAAUCUCAGGUUACGAAUGGGACCUUACCCUCCAGAAUGAGCACCAAAAACUUCUCUCUGUACAUUUAACAUUUGAGGAUCCGCCAGCGAAACUAAAAGUAUCAGACUAUUGGGGGACGAAGUCGUACCUUAAAGACCACUGGGUUCCAACAGGAACCGUUGGAGUUUUCCAAUGUGUUUUAGUAGACAAAUCUGCAGAGCAUUGGUUAAAAAUUACUGAUUAUAAUGGCUAUGUACACCAAGUGGAGUUCGAAAGCGGUUCUUUGACGAAGGACUCUGAGCUCUGCUAUAAUAUACGCCUGUCACCCGUAGCAUACAUUGUGACUACUAGUUUUGACUACACCACCCGGACCAUAUACGAAUAUAAAGGUGCCCAUUACAUAAAGGUGGAAUUUUCCCCUGCUGUGUACAUCAAGCGCUACGAUAUGAAAAUUCCAUACUUCACGCCUUAAUAGCCAUAGCCACAUCACUUGGAUGCUGGUCAACGUUUAAAAAGUUUCAAUAAAAUUACCACUCGGUUCUGAAAAGAAGUAUCGUUC